AUGUCUACUCAAGACGGCGACCAUGCGGUGGAGAACAGGCCUGCCCCUCUAGCGGGUAAGCAGAUGCGCGCGGUGCGCUUCCACGGCAAAGAAGACCUACGCUUCGAGGAGAUCGAGGAACCCAAGUGCGGACCCGGUCAGAUCAAGCUCGUGCCUGCGUGGUGUGGUAUCUGCGGCAGCGACCUCCACGAGUUCCAAGGUGGUCCUAAUCUAUGUCCGACUACGCCGCAUCCCAUUACUGGAGAGACCGUCCCCUUGACCUUCGGCCACGAGUUCAGUGGGAUCAUCGAGGAGCUCGGCGAGGGCGUGGCGGAUAAGUGGAAGGUCGGGGAUCGAGUCGUUGUGCAGCCGAUUAUCUACGAUGGCGAUUGCGGUGCCUGUCAAGAUGGCUUGAUCAACUGCUGUUACAAGAACGGCUUUGUCGGGCUUAGUGGCUGGGGUGGCGGGCUUUCACAGCAUGUCGUUGUCCCAGAGUACGCGGUGUACCAGCUUCCAGAUAAUGUCGGGUUGGACGUAGCAGCCCUCGUCGAGCCUCUAGCUGUAGGCUGGCACGCCGUCAGCAUUUCGCCCUUCAAGGCCACAGACUCUGCACUCAUCCUGGGAGGCGGUCCGAUUGGCCUCGCAGUUCUCCAGGCCCUCCGAGCACGCGGCUGUCCCCAGAUCAUCGUCUCCGAAGUCUCCUCCAUGCGCAAACAAUACGCGAAGAACUUUGGCGCACACGUUGUUCUCGACCCAACGCAAGACGACAUCGUCGCCCGGUGUAGAGAGCUGUGCCCCGGUGGAGGCGUGAACGUCGCUUUCGACUGCGCUGGUGUCCAGCCUGGCAUGGAUCAAGCUGUCCUCGCCAUCCGCGCGAGAGGCACAUUGAUUAACAUCGCUAUCUGGGAUAAGCACGCCAAAGUCUGGCCGAACGACUUCAACUUCAAGGAGAGGGGGUAUAUGGGAGUCGCAACGUAUGUGAAGGGGGAUUAUCAGGAGGUGAUUGAUGCGAUUGCGGAUGGAAGGCUCGAUAUGUGCCAUAAGAUGAUCACGAAGAGGAUUGAGCUGGAUAAGGUGUUGGAGGAAGGGUUCAGGACGUUGAUCAACGACAAGGACAACCAGGUGAAGAUAUUAGUGAGGGGGUCGGGUGAGAUGUGA